AUAGCUGCCAUGCUACUACAUGACUGUCCGGGCGGCUGCAGCUGCGUGACUACCAAGCUGCUCUUUUUUUCCGACGCAGCAAUCAGUCCUCGUCCAAGCCGUCUCCUUCAAGAAAAAACAGAUACCUCCAAAGAAUAGAAACGGUUUUGCGCCUCCGAUUGUCGCGAGGCUUGCUCCGGCCUCACUCACGACGUCACCCUCUUUCGCUCGCUCGCUCGCUUUACUCCGCUUACUCCGAUCCCGACAGCUAGGUGAACUCCAGGAGGGAGACGAUUGAGCGAGCACAGUUCCGACCUCGACAACCCUAGCUGCACUCGAUCCAUCCUCUCCCGGGUUUGUUUGAUGAAAAUCCUGGGCAGAAAUGUUCCCUCAACAUGCUUCCUUGUCACUAUCAUUUCAAAAAUGACAACAGCGCUCUGUCUACCUCUAGUUAAGGAUUGUGGAUAUGUUGGAAUGUUGAAGCCGCACAACAAAUAUAACCACCAAUACCUAAUGACAAAGAAAUUACUUGCAACAUGGCAAAAACUGCCAGGAGCCGGCGCAGGGUUUCUUCUCGCCAGUUCAGGUCGACUCCUUAUUCUUUCCCAAAGUCUUACAGCUGGGUAGCCUCAGAACCAGGCAACUUGAAAAGAAAAUUGGCAUUGGAAAGGAAGGACUGGGAAGAUGCUACAUGCUCAGUGUGCAUGGACUUCCCACACAAUGCUGUUCUCCUGCUUUGCUCGUCCCACGAGAAAGGUUGUCGUCCUUAUAUGUGUGGUACCAAUUACCACCACUCGAACUGCCUCGAUCAGUUCAAGAAGGCUUACACGAAGGUAAGGUCUAAUCAACUAGAUUCAAUUGUCGACGUCGCAGACAACCCUGGGCUAAUCGUCCCCGGCUGGUCCUCAAGCAGUAAGUCUGAGUCAUUGGAGCUCGCCUGCCCUCUCUGUCGAGGGCAAGUGAAGGGAUGGACUGUAGUGGAACCAGCGAGGAAAUAUCUAAACAACAUGAUGAGGAAUUGCAUGCAUGAUGGUUGCUCUCAUGUCGGAACAUACAAGGAACUCAAAAAGCACGUGAGGUCCAAACACCCUUGCGCCAAGCCUCGUGAGGUUGACCCUGCAUUGGAGGAGAAAUGGAGAGUGCUCGAACACGAGAGGGAGCGGCAGGACGUCAUCAGCACGAUAACAUCAUCGAUGCCUCGAUCCGUGGUGUUUGGAGACUACAUCAUAGAGAUGACCAAUAGCGAUGUUGACAGCGAUGAUGAGGCUGGAGAUGUCGAAUUCGGAGGAGGAAGCGGCGGUAUCAGCAGAAGCAUCCUUUAUUUUUUCUUGCAGGAAGGCGCGCGUCUAAUGAGGUUUCAGAGGGAUCAAGAUGUUAAUGCGGAACUUGCAGAUGAGGGGGCUUAUGAUCACGAUUUACUAGGCAGCGCGAACAUUUCUGCUGCCUCGGCUGCUUAUUCCUCUGGAGGAGAUGAUAGCAGUGCAACUACGGUUUUUAGCCGAGGGAGAGAUUUGGGUUUGUUGAGAUCAGAUAGGCGGCGGAGGAGGCGGCGCCGUCGAAGCAGGGGCUCAGGAGCAUUUGAUUAAUUUGAAGAAUAAAGGUUAAGGCAUGUUUUUUAGGGUCUCAUAAACGUAGAAAAAAUUGACAGGGACCUCAUCAUCUAUACAUUUAUAUUAAGAUUAAACUAUACUGUCAAUUAUAUUUGUUUUCCUAUACUGGAUUUAAAGUUAGUGGGAUGUUGAGGACCUUUCUGCAUAUAUUUAUGAGAUGAUUCUAAAACUUGCAACCAGUGUCUGGUUGUUUAAUUGUGUUCUACAGUUGACAGGUUUCUGCUGCUACUGCUGAGCAGGUUCUUCCUUUAGCUGUAACUGUAACGUUUUGCUUUCAUAUAUAGACUCAUGCAAUGCAAUUGCUAUUAAAAAAAAUUUAUGAUUGUUGUAAUAAGAAGCGGCUGCAGUUAAAUAUUGUAAAAUUGGUUCUCUAUUGUGAGAGAAGUGCAGGAAUG